ACAGGAAGUCAUUGUUCAUGCAGUGUUCAUGUAAGACCUUUGUUCACUGAGAGCUUGGCAUUAAUCUUGACUGGAACUGGAAAUACAAAUGUUUCAAAUCAUCCUUUUGACAGUGGCAGUGCAAGUAGCAUCUCAAGUAUCAGAGUCAACUGAUGAAACUACAAUUAUGUCUAAACCCAAAAUUACUCGGAGUCCAGCUCAUACAGUGCUGUACAGCGCAGAUAAUGUCACUCUGAAGUGUGAAGUCACUGAUGCACCAUCUGGUGUAGAGUAUGACUGGUACAAGGACUCAACUCAGCUUGGAUCUCACACUGAUAAACUCACCAUCACUGAGCCUGGUGAUGGAAGUUAUCAGUGCAAAGCAAAAGUUGGAAUAUUUCAGUCUGAUAAAAGUGACCCCCACACUUUAACUGUCCAAACAAUCCCAACAGCAAAAACAACUUUGGUAUCAAAGUGGGCAGAAGUCUACCAAUCUGAAAAAGUCAAUCUAAAGUGUGAGAUUCAGGGCAGAUCAGAGGCCUGGAUCUACAAAUGGUAUAGAAAUGGGGUGAGUCUACAAGAAUCUAAUUCUCAAUUGGAGAUCCAGUCAGCAACAAUGGACAACUCUGGAAAUUAUACUUGCCAAGGAUUCCUGCAAAACAGAUUGAACGCUGAACACAGUAAUGCUCUUACACUUAAAGUUAAUGAACGUCCUGUACCACAAGUUCAAUCAGACUGGACAGAGGCUUUCCCUGGUGAAACAGUGUCUUUGCAGUGCGUGAUUCAAGGUGUAUCAGAAAACUGGAUCUAUAUGUGGUUCAGGGACAAGGAGAAAAUUGGCUCUAGUAAUCAUGAAAAUAGAGCAGGGAAUAAUCUCUCACUGUCAGUUAACCCUAGUCAUGAUGGGGCUUAUAAAUGUCAAGCUGAGCUGCAGGGCAGGUCAGUUAAGACUCAUAUUAGCCCACAGUUUCAGUUGAAGGUUUAUGGUGCACAGCCAACAGUUCUUCUGAAUCAAGAUCCAACAUUCCCAUUGAUUUACACUCAGGAACAAGUCAAACUUAUCUGUAGCAUUCAAGAGCAGACAUCAAAUUGGGAAUACCUGUGGUAUAAAGUUCCGGAUGAAGUAAACAGUAUCUUCAGCGAUGCCAUUUACACUAUUUCAAGUGCUACACUCUCUCACAAUGGGAUAUACACUUGUCAUGUACGAAGGAGAGGCAAACAAUAUCCAUCUACUAAGUCUCACAAUUUGACCAUACGAGAGCCUCCUCAACCAAAUUUGUCAAUUGAGUCUCAGUGGAAAACAUUUUACGAAAAUGAAAAAGUCACUCUGAAGUGUUCAAUCAAUGGAAUUUCAAAUGAAUGGAGCUAUGAAUGGUUUAGAAAUGGAACUAAUGUCUCUAAAGAUAAGGAUAUAUCCUUAUUUGGAACCAUACUCUCAAUCAGCUCAGCAAAAACAAGUCAUUCUGGAUGGUAUACCUGCAGAGUGAAACACGCAAAGAGAUUGCCAGUGACCACAAGAGAAGCAGAAGCUUUGCGACUUCAAAUUUAUGAUAAGACUCCUAACCCGAAGACAGGAAAACAUCCGUCAUUUGAGUUUUUCUACACUGAGGAGCAAGUCCAGCUUGAUUGCAAUAUGCCAGGUGAUGGUUGGGAAUAUCACUGGUAUGAAGGCUCAAAGCCAACAGAACCUCUGUCCACAGAUCCAACUUACAACAUCAGCUCAGCAUCUUUCUCUCACACCUUUUAUUGCACAGCAAAGAGAGGUGACUUCUCAGUGCGAAGUGAGAACAUAGAAGUGAUCGUUAAAGAACGUCCUGUACCACAAGUUCGAUCAGACUGGACAGAGGCUUUCCCUGGUGAAACAGUGUCUUUGCAGUGCGUGAUUCAAGGUGUAUCAGAAAACUGGAUCUAUAUGUGGUUCAGGGACAUGGAGAAAAUUGGCUCUAGUGAUCAUGAAAAUAGAGCAGGGAAUAAUCUCUCACUAUCAGUUAACCCUAGUCAUGAUGGGGCUUAUAAAUGUCAAGCUGAGCUGCAGGGCAGGUCAGUUAAGACUGAUAUUAGCCCACAGUUUCAGUUGAAGGUUUAUGGUGCACAGCCAACAGUUCUUCUGAAUCAAGAUCCAACAUUCCCAUUGAUUUACACUCAGGAACAAGUCAAACUUAUCUGUAGCAUUCAAGAGCAGACAUCAAAUUGGGAAUACCUGUGGUAUAAAGUUCCGGAUGAAGUAAACAGUAUCUUCAGCGAUGCCAUUUACACUAUUUCAAGUGCUACACUCUCUCACAAUGGGAUAUACACUUGUCAUGUACGAAGGAGAGGCAAACAAUAUCCAUCUACUAAGUCUCACAAUUUGACCAUAGGAGAGCCUCCUCAACCAAAUUUGUCAAUUGAGUCUCAGUGGAAAACAUUUUACGGAAAUGAAAAAGUCACUCUGAAGUGUUCAAUCAAUGGAAUUUCAAAUGAAUGGAGCUAUGAAUGGUUUAGAAAUGGAACUAAUGUCUCUAAAGAUAAGGAUAUAUCCUUAUUUGGAACCAUACUCUCAAUCAGCUCAGCAAAAACAAGUCAUUCUGGAUGGUAUACCUGCAGAGGGAAACAUGCAAAGAGAUUGCCAGUGACCACAAGAGAAGCAGAAGCUUUGCGACUUCAAAUUUAUGAUAAGACUCCAAACCCGAAGACAGGAAAACAUCCGUCAUUUGAGUUUUUCUACACUGAGGAGCAAGUCCAGCAUGAUUGCAAUAUGCCAGGUGAUGGUUGGGAAUAUCACUGGUAUGAAGGCUCAAAGCCAACAGAACCUCUGUCCACAGAUCCAACUUACAACAUCAGCUCAGCAUCUUUCUCUCACACCUUUUAUUGCACAGCAAAGAGAGGUGACUUCUCAGUGCGAAGUGAGAACAUAGAAGUGAUCGUUAAAGCUCGUCCACCUGCUGUGCUGACUCUGGAGACUGAAUGGGGUGACAUCAUGGCUGGGAAUAUCCUGACACUGAAGUGCGAGAUCACAGAUGAAAGAGAGUGGAACUACACCUGGUACGAGAAUGGACUGAAGCUGAAUGGGUCUUUAGAUAUCUACAAAGUAACUGCAACUGAAGAAACAAUUAAAAGUGAAUUCAAGUGCAAGGGAAUAAGGACAGAGAGACCACUGUACUCUGCUAUGAGUGAGGGCUUCAUAGUCAAUAAUACUGUGUUCAAAAGAAAAAUACUGCUGGCCAUAUCAGGAUGUCUCAUCUGUUGUAUUGUAAUCCUGAUUAUUGGAUGCGUCAUACUUAAAUUCACCCGCAAAUCAGCGAAAAAAGAGACUUACAGAAUUACAGAGGACUUGUUUUUCUCAAUGGCAGACUCGAACCAAACUGCUGCACCCUUGAAGGAGUACAUGGACAACAAACCAACAGACUCGGAGAUGAAAGAAUGUGAUGAAAAAGAACUGUUAAGCGAUUGUAUUUCAGCUGUUCAUGUGGAUGGUGUGAUCAAAGAUGAAGAUUCACCAUCGACAGAGGCUAAUGGCCUAACAUCUUUUAAAGGAACCUGAAUUAUUUUAUCAGUAAUCAACAUCAAGAUGGUGUUUCUCUUUUUCACAGAGGCAGCUACAGUAAAUUACAAAUGCAUAUGUUAUCUAUAGCACAACACUUUGUCUAAUAGCAACUGCACAUUCAUGUACACAAAGGCUAAAUAACAAUGUAAUGUAUGUUUGGGGCUUGAAAAAUUUGGAAUUUAACUGUAGUGCUGUAAACAUGUGAUUUGGAGAACAGAAUGCUGCCCAGAAGAUGGCAGUGGUUGUACAGUGAGGAUGCAAUAGUAGUUCAGACAUAAACAAUUACAAUUAUCAGACGUAAGGAUUAAACAAAAUUGGAUCUGUACAUACCUAGACUUCCGUUUAUUACUCCUUGCAAAUAUUAUAUGAUGACACCAGGUAUCACGUGUAUUUGAUAUGUUGUUUAUUGAGAGAUCAUUAUUUUAAAUAAAUAAAAUUAAAGAAGCCA